AUGGAAGACGGAUCGAGAGAGUCAGAGCUUGCGCUCGGCUUUGAGGCCCGGGCUGGGCAAUUUGCAGGCGCUGCCCGCAGCACAAGAGGACAUAGAGAGGAAAGAGAGCGUCAUGGCUCGUCGUAUCGCGAAAGCCGGCAGAGAAAGCAGAAAGCAACCAGGAGCGGCAGGGAGGGAAAGCUUCUUCGUUGUAUUGCCGCUCAGGGCAGCAACAUCUCGCAAAGCGCAGGCGAGAAGAAGCUGUAUGGCGCCUUGCUGAACGACCAGCUCAGCCAUGAUGCUGAAGCAGCGAGGGUGGCGAUGUCGAAGCGUCGGCGGCGUGUAAACUGCAUGCCCAUUCUUUUGGCGCUCCUUCUGCCGUGGGCAGUUUUCGUGCUCUGUUUCACGUUGGCUGGCUUCUUCUUCCACUUACAUAUGCCUCUGACCACUACGCUGGCCGAACUGUUGGUCGUGGCAGUGUGCGUUCAGCGCGUCUUCUGGGCCUGGCGCUUGUGGAAGCGAGGCGUCGCCGAAGGGUUCUACCCUGGCUACCUCGCUGUCACCUGCUUGCUGGCGGCGCUGGUGGGGUGGGUGCCGGCCACGGCACUCCGUUUCCGCUCUCGCCUGUACUCUGCAGCGAAGGAAGCAGUGUUUCACAUCUGCACCCUACUCCUACACUCCUCAGAGCUUCAAUUCACUUCUGAUUCCUCCCAUAGCGUUUCCGGCUCAAAAGGGGCCGGGCUCUCCUCUUUCGCCAUGGGGAAGAAGGGCAAGCAUCUGGGCUUGGUUCACAGGAAGAAGAAGGCAGCAGCACCAGAGCCGGUAGAGGAGAUCCCGGCUGAUCUCAAGGAGCUGACGAUUCCGAACCUCAGAGAUCGAAUCGAUGCCUUCCAGUACCGCCUCAGCAAGGCGGCAAAGGACAGAAAUUACAUGCAGCUGGAGAAAGACAUGGUCAACAGGUUCUACGAGAUCACCAAGUCUGAGGUGAAGCAAGUGGAGGCUGAGCUCUUGAACAUGGACCGAAAGAUGGAGAUCCUCGAGCGUGAUUUCCGUGUACACAUCAAGGUCCACGAGCAAAAGGUGCAGAACCUGGAGUAUGAGCACAAGGAGGCAAAGCGGCAGGUGCAUGAGAAUGGAGACAUGGACCUGCAAAAAGCGCGCGACCUACACUCGGAGCAGCUCCUCAACAUGAACAAGGAGAAGCUGGAGCUCAAGCGAGACAUCCGGGAAACGCAGCUGGAGAACGAGGACGAGGUGAAGAUGAUGCUGCAGGGCUUCGCGAAAAGACUGCAGAACCUUCGCGACACCUUCGAGCAGAAUCAUCAGCAGCUUCAGGCUCAGUACGAGGAGCAGGUGGAGCAGCUGAAGAUUGAUCUCGAGCUGCGCCGAAAGGUGGAGAUCCACGAGAUCGAGGAGCGCAAGAAUCAGCACAUCAACGAGUUGCUUUUCAACCACCAGGAGGCUUUUGAUGAGAUCAAGGCUUACUACAAUGACAUCACCCAUGACAACCUGCAGUUGAUCAAGUCCUUGAAGGACGAGAUCUUCGAGAUGAAAGAGAAGGAGAAGACGAAUAAAAAGAAGAUGGAUCUGCUCCGCCAGGAGAACCGGGACCUCACGCGGCCUCUGGAGGAAAAGCUGGCCGAGCAGCGAGCGUUAGAAGAAGAGCUGAAAACUUAUACCAAGGACAAGAUGGCCCUGAAGAAUCUGAAGGCGCACUUCAAGAAGCUUGAGGAGCAAAUCACCGAAGCCAAGCAGGAGUACCGGACUUGCGAGGACAAGUACCGGAAGAUGGAGAAGGAACGGGAUGACUUGUACAAGCGUUUCAAGAAGGCUGUGCAAGAAAUCCAGCGCAAGGCCGAGCUCGGAAAGAAUGUCGUCCUGGAGAAGAAGCUCGAAACGCUUUCGCAGCAAUUCGACGAGAAGCAAGCGCAGCUCACAGAAGUGCUGACAAACGCCCGCCUGGAUCCGACUAUUGUUGGCAACGUCACGAAGAAGUUGGAGCAAGUCCUCGGUGCCAAGAACCGGCAAAUCAAGGACCUCCAGUACCAGGUUCACCAGGCAACGAAGCAAUACAACGACACGAUCCGGGUCUACGAGAGCAAGCUUGGGUCGCUGGGUGUCGAUCCUGAGGAGAUCGGCUUCGAGGCGAUACAGACGGCGACGUCCUUGAUGCCAGCUCGGCUGGUAACGCGAGUGGGCUAA